UGUCUUCUCCUAAGCGUGAAUGAACACUCUUUAGGCACUGUGCCAGGCUGCUCCAGCAGCAAUCUAACACACACUAUGGACAUCUUGAAAGCAAGAAUUUGUUUUAAGGGUGCGCCUACCGUGCCAUGACGUCUCACAAAAAGUUCAUUUUGCAGUCGUGCAUGUUGACGGAUAUGUCCAGCUGUGCAAGUUCUUUGAGUGGACGUUUCUUGAUGCUCCUUAAUGCUGCUUUUAUUUGCAGUUACCUAAUUUACUCGGUUUCUGCGGAUACCAUCAAUGGCAAAGGUUGUGGGCAGUUCGACAAGACAAAAAGGGCGUCGCCAGGGAGGAAGGCGAACAGGUUUUCCCAACCAUGGAUCGUGGGAGUGUACAUACUUGCUCACUUCAAUCCGAGGCAAGGUCAAACGGAAGGAAGCUUUGAGUGUGCGGGUAGCAUCAUAUCACCUAGAUUUGUACUCACUUCAGCUCAUUGCCUCACGAAUGGGAAAUGUACUCCGACCCUAGUGCAAGUAUAUUACAACUCUACAGUGGUUCAGAGAGGUCCUUAUGUAGCAGCCAAAGACGUUUUCUACCAUCCGGACAAUGACAGCGUUUAUUGGGCUAAUGACAUUGCCUUGCUUAGGCUGGAAGAACCUCUUCGCUUUGACCGCUAUGUUAGGCCCGUCUGUCUGGGCGGAAAAGAAACGGUACACAAUGAAGUGGCAUUGCCCCAAUGGGGACGUACGCAAGAUGAAGACUCGCCUAAAAUGCUCUACUACUCCACUGCGAAAAUUGAGCACUUCAAGGAAUGCAAGAAACGUUUGGCAAUUCCGGACGUCAAAGCAGCCAAUUGGAAUCGUAUGCUACUCUGUACACAAUCAGGCGGAAAAAACAUUGCUGAGGGCUUGUCUGGCGGACCCCUCACUCUCAUCUCAGAAGAUAGACCAGCCACCCAAGUAGGAGUUGGCUCGUACACUUUCUGCAGAAAGGAUUUCAGGCCGAGUGCUCACACACGGGUCGAGCCGUACAUACCAUGGAUAAAGAAAGUGCUCAACCGCUGUGCGUCGUGGGAGCGCCGUAGAAGUUCCAGUGGUAGACCACACGCCUGCAAUGAUGGGCAUACGGAAUCGUCUGAAUCGGAUGAACCGGAAAUGCGUUUGUUGAUGUAAAAAGUAUUGGCUUGUUGUUUUCCUCGUCAAUGAAACAAAGGUAUUGGAAAAAUGG